AUGAAGAACACGCAAGCUAAAGGUGGAGCUGCUGGUGGGACUGGUGCGCAAUCCGGUAGCGGCGAUGGCGCCGACAUGGAAGAGUAUAACACGCUGUUCAAUCUUCGAGGACUAGCGAAAGGGAAAAUCAUCCGCCUAAACGACAUGUUGGAGAGAGUGGAAGAGGAACAAACGCAGCUAACAUCGCCAGAGGUAAAGGUGUACAUGAAGAAACUUGAUGCUGCCUAUAAGGAAUUUCACAACUACCACGAACGGAUCGUGGCGGCGGUGGCGCCUGAUCGGAAAGAGGAACAAGACUGUGAGUACGUUGAGUUCGAGACGCUAUACGAUAAUGUGUCGAUUUUUCUCGAGACAUGGCUCGAGAAUUUUGCCGCGCCUGACUCUUGUCCUGCUGCUGGUCAACCAGCAACUCAUCAGCCGUUGAUUGUACAACAAUCGCUUCCUCGUGCCAUUCCUACAUUCGAUGGCAAAUACGAGCAGUGGGAAAAAUUUAAGAUCAUGUUCCAAGACGUGGUAGACAAGUCAAAUGAACCAUCACGACUCAAGCUCUAUCAUUUGGAGAAAGCAUUGAUUGGGGAUGCUGCCGGUUUGAUUGAUGCGAAAACAAUUGCUGAUGGCAAUUAUGAUUGCGCUUGGGAAAUAUUAAGAGAGAGGUUCGAGGAUAAGAGGCGUAUGAUUGAUAGGCACAUUGUUGGUCUGUUAAGCAUAACGAAGAUAGUCAAAGAGGAUCAUUGCGAACUGCGAAAACUUAUUGAUACAUGUGUGGGUCAUGUCGAAAAUUUAAAAUUUCUGGGUCAGGAAUUUUCAGGAGUGUCCGAACUUAUUGUCGUACACAUCCUUACUGGCGCUCUAGACAAAGAGAGCAAACGCGCAUGGGAAUCUUCAAUGGAACAUGGGUCGCUUCCGCAUUAUAAUAACACAAUCUCGUUUCUCAAGAAUCGCAUUUCCAUUCUCGAAAGAUGUCAGGUUUCCACAAUUAGCAAUGAGAAUCAGUUUAAUCGUAUAUCACCUAAAAGAAAUGAAAUAUCUAACAAGCAACCUAAUUCGUGA